AUGGCUUCGCUCAAGAGUAUUUACAAACCAAAUCCAGCUCUUGGAAAUGCUCUAAAUACCAAUUUUGAAGUUGACUUCGUGAUCGACUAUCGUUUUGCUACUACCAACAAAGUCCAAGCCGAAGCACAAUUCGUCAAGCUUGUCGAAGCUCUCAACGAUGUUGGAUUGAUGACUGAAGUACGAAAUGGAGAUAACUGUGCACUUCUAAUAUUCGUCAAAACUGCUUCGGACAGACAUCUUAGAUCCGAAGUAUAUCGCUCGCGAGUACAGGAUUGGUUAUAUGGAGUUCGAACCGCUGCACCGGAAAAGGAUAUGCAACAGGCUUUGAGUACAGAACCAAUGACCGAGGCCGAAAGAUUACGAUUGGUAUAUUUGUUGAUCACAAAGCCAAAAAAUGAAGGCGGUGCGGGCAUUACACCUAAGAAAGGAGAAUGGAAGGGGGUCGAGUCGAUAUUUCCCCUCCAUGAUCAUGCAUUCAAUACGGCUUGGAUCAAAGAAAUUACCUCAAAAUAUCUCCUCACCACCAAGGAUCUGGAGGAUAUCAAAGACAGAUUUGGGGAAAGGAUUGGGUUCUAUUUCGCCUUUCUACAAUCCUAUUUUAUGUUCUUAAUAUUUCCGGCGGUGUUCGGAUUCUGCGCUUGGGUUCUUUUCGGUCAAUACUCUCCAGUAUAUGCCAUAGUCAAUGGCUUGUGGGGUAUUGUCUACACGGAAUAUUGGAAAAAGCAAGAGACAGAUCUUGCUGUACAAUGGGGUGUUCGAGGAGUAUCAAAGAUUCAGCACCAAAGACCAGACUUCAAGCACGAAAGAGAGAUCAAGGAUCCAGUUACUGGAGAACAGAUUAGGUUUUACUCGCCAGUGAAAAGGUUGAGUCGUCAGUUACUGCAAGUACCUUUUGCACUCUGUGCUACUGUCAUACUUGGAAGUUUGAUUGCAACUUGCUUUGCUAUCGAAAUUUUCAUUUCUGAAGUCUACAAUGGACCAUUCAAGACAUAUUUGAUAUUCUUACCAACUGUCAUUCUUACAGUUUUCAUGCCCACAUUAUCUGUUCUUUUGACAGGAUUUGCCUCGAAAUUGACGGAUCUUGAGAACUAUGAGACUAUUGACUCACAUGACGCUGCAAUGGUCCAAAAGAUUUUCGUCCUCAAUUUUAUAACAUCUUACAUGCCAAUCUUCCUCACCGCAUUCGUCUACGUCCCGUUUGCCCAAGUUAUCGUCCCUCAUCUCGAUAUCUUCCAAAUGGCCGUAAGACCAUUCGCCGAAAAUGAUGAACAAAUGACAGCACCGAAAGCUGGAUUCCAAAUUAACCCUGAUAGAUUAAAGAAACAGGUUAUAUACUUUACCGUCACGGCGCAGAUCGUCAAUUUUGCUCUUGAGGUCAUCGUUCCAUACGUCAAGAGAAGGGCCUUCCGAAAGUACAAAGAAGUCCAAGCAGAUCGUGCCGCCAAACGUGGAGGUUCCUUCACACCAGAUAGUGACCACCCAGAAGAAAGCGCAUUCUUGACUCGUGUGAGAAAUGAAGCCGAACUAGGAAUCUAUGAUGUCACAUCUGACUUUAGAGAAAUGGUGAUACAAUUUGGUUACCUAUCUUUAUUCUCAGUAGUCUGGCCUCUGACUGCUCUCUCGUUCCUUAUAAACAAUUGGAUUGAACUCCGAGGCGACGCUCUCAAGAUCGCAAUCGAAACUCAGCGUCCUGUUCCAUGGCGUGCGGAUUCCAUCGGUCCUUGGCUCGAUGCUCUCGGUUUCUUGUCUUGGCUUGGUAGUCUUAGUACUGCAGCUCUCGUCUAUCUUUUCUCAGGCGAUGGAUUUGGUCCAGAUGGUACACCGAAUAAGAUCACAGGAUGGGGUUUACUACUCACAAUGUUCUUCUCAGAACAUAUCUAUCUAGCACUUCGCCGAGGUAUCAGAUUGGCAUUAAGUAAGGUUGAUAGCCCUGGUUUACAAAGAGAAAGAAAAGAGAGAUUUGCGGUUAGGAAGUAUGUUGUUCCUGCUAUGUUUGCGUCGUUUGUGCCCCUUUUUUUACAAUAUUUGCAAGCAACGAUAUCACAAGAGGCGGCGGAGGAAGCUGCACAGGGGGGUAUUGGUCAGGGAGAAAAGAUCAGUAGGAAUACAUUGGAGGAUGAGGCGAGGGAAUCGUCUUUGAGGGGUCAUGGGACGGCUGAGGAGAGAUUCUGGGCGAGACAAAGAGGUCAAGGGGAAACUAUCGCAAUUGGAAGGAGCUUUAUUAAUAAGGCGGCACCGACACCGGUGGAAUCAAAGAAAGAACUUUAG